AUGCUCCCAACAGACAACAAAGGCUACAGCCCUGCCCCUUUACAGAUUUCAGUGUACUUAGAUGGCUCACGGACCAGCCAGGGGGCAGGGUAUGGCUAUGCAAUCUACUUUGGCCCUAUCCUCAUGUCCAAGGGACAUGGUCCCGCGGGCCCCAGGACAGAAGUCUAUGAUGCAGAAAUCAUAGGUGCUGUGGAAGGCCUACGCGCAGCCCUGGGACAACCAUGCGUUGGCUACUCCACCCAGCUAGUUAUCCUCCUAGAUAACCUAGCUGCAGCCUCCCUGCUAGCAAGCUAUAGGCCAACCCCUCACAGACAUGGUCUGUCAGAGACCUUUAGCCAACUAGCCGCCCAGUGGAUGGAAAGCCCUUCAAUCCUAACCAUGCAACGGAAGCCCCUUCAGGUCCGCUGGAUUCCAGGCCACUCUGGAAUUGCUGGGAAUGAGCUGGCAGACAAGCUCGCUAAGCUAGGCCCUGAAUAUCAGACUCCCAUACAAAAGAAAGCCGCUCCCGCGAGCACAAGCUGCCCUGGUGGGUACUUGGCCGACUCGUCGCCGCCCGUACAGGCCACGGAGACUUUACGGCAUACCACCAGCGCUUCAACCACUCAGACUACCUGGAGAGCUGCUCUUGUGUCCGGCCAUGUCUUCCAAGUUGUUGGAGACAUCCAAAAUGGAAUGACACAUGGCCACAAACCAGCGAAGAAGCCAGAGGAGUCGGCCACUUAUCAAGGCAAAGUUCUCAUUGGAAAAAUCUCCGCCGCAAACUAUUCCCGGGUAAAACCAAUUUGCGACUCUAUUCCCCCUCCAAAAAAACAGUUCGAAGGUCCUCGAAGGCUUUACCCCGAAGAACCGAUCCGACGCUGCCAGGAAUGGACAAAGGAGGCUGUUGAGGCUCUGGCAGCAGCAGGAGUGCUUGAGAAGUAG